GAGCGGCUUUUCUCCCCGGUGUUAUUUUUCUCCCCCUCUUCAGCGCGAUGGUGACGCUUGAUCGUCACGUGACGAGCGGCCCCGUAUAAAGUCCCCGGUGAGGUCCGCCCUCUUUGGACUCCCGCUCGGACCUGUCGGAGGCUUUCUGUGCUCGGAGAUCGGCGCGGGGACGCAGCGCCGUCCGUUCUGCCGUUCGGCGCUCCAUUUGAAGUCUAUGGCUGCGGUGACCCGUGGGAGCGCCCCGUCGCCUCUUCCUCUUCCUCCUCCUCCUCCUCCUCCUCCUCUUCAUCCUCCUUGUCGUAUGAGCGCUCCUCCCCCCGCAGGUGAGCCGUGAUCGUCGCGGGCUGGGAGCGCGCGCCCGCCCGCAGCCCCGCAGUCCCGGGGCCAUGACUCUGAGCUCCGGCAUGUCGGAGGCGUCCGCGCUCUCGGAGGACACGGACAUCGACGUGGUGGGCGAGGGCGAUGAGUGCGAGGGGCGCGCGCGCGCCUACGCCAGCGAGGUGGCGCGCAUGCGCGCCGGCAGCGGCGGGGACGACGACGACGAGCACGCGCUGCUUACCGGCUCGCCGCCGUGCGCGGACAUCUCGGCGGCGUCCGUGGCGUCAGCCUCAUCGGCGUGCCGACCGACGGGCAAGAGCGCGCUGGUCAAGCCGCCCUACUCGUACAUCGCGCUCAUCACUAUGGCCAUCCUGCAGAGCCCCAAGAAGAGGCUCACGCUCAGCGAGAUCUGCGACUUCAUCAGCGGCCGCUUCCCGUACUACCGCGAGAAGUUCCCCGCGUGGCAGAACUCCAUCCGCCACAACCUGUCGCUUAACGACUGCUUCGUGAAGAUCCCGCGCGAACCGGGCAACCCGGGCAAGGGCAACUACUGGACGCUGGACCCGGAGUCGGCCGACAUGUUCGACAACGGCAGCUUCCUGCGGCGACGCAAGCGCUUUAAACGGCAGCACCCGCCCGAGCUGCUGCGCGAGCACGCCGCCGCCGCCGCAGCUGCCGCCGCCGCUGCUGCCGCCUUCCUCCCGGGCCACGCGCACGGGCCCUAUGCCUACGGACCUUACGGCGCUUGCGGCGGCUACGGCCUCGCACUGCCGCCGUACCACGCGCACUCCGCGCUCUUCGCCUUUCAGCAGCAGCAGCAACAGCAGCCGCCGCAUCCCGCGCAGGCCCCGCCGCAUCCCGCGCCCACACGACACGGAGGCACCCUCAUCCCCGCGCCUUCCCUCAUGCCCGCCACGGCUGAGCUCGCGCGCUCCCGCUUCUACCCGCCUUUGAGCCCGGGUCUCUCGUCGCCCGUUCCGCCAGUGCACACCGCCCCCAAGUCUUCCCCGUUCUCCAUCGAGAGCCUGAUAGGGAGCAGCUUGCAGCCGCAACAACAACGGACUUCCCCUGGGGUCACGGCACCGCCAGUGCCGCUUAUUCCGCAGCAUUCUCCCGGAGGCGCGAGCCGUGCUGCCGCCGUGCUGGACGCCUUCGCCGGCCGGAUGAUCAGCGGCACGAGCGGCUGUUAAAAUUGCAAACUCUUUAUUACAAAAAACAAAAAGACGAAACAAACAGAGACAGAGACACACACAAACGCUCCAUGUGUUUAAGGUAGGAUUAUUUUUGUAUCGUUUUUGUUUAUUUUCUUUUGUUUGUUUUUUAUUAUUUUGUUUUGUUAAACGCAGCUGAAUGAUGGACAUUAACAAGCCUCGUGCCUAUAUUCAAGCUGUGAAAAUAUAAGAUAUAUAUUUAUGUUUUUAACACUUUAGUUCGAGCUACUUUUCAUCCCCAGUUUGAUUCUAAUAAAGUGCAGGGCAUCUCAGGAUAACUGCGAGGGUUCUCUCUCUCUCUCUCUCUCUCUCUCUCUCUCUCUGUUUCUCAAACAAAGUCGAAGUUAAAACUGUCCAAAUUCUCUCAAGAAGUCUCUGAUUUGUGUGCAGGAAGCUCGGCUGUUUUCUGCUCUUGGCGAAGUUAAAGUACCCCCCACCCCCCAGCCCCACCUCUCUCUUUCUCUCUGUUUUAAUUUGUGCUUUGUAAUGAUAAUUCACAAAGAACAUUUCAUCGAGAAUUUUGAUGCAAUGUGUGCUUAUAUCAGUAAUAAAAAAUGUACAUUAUUUGGUACGUUGUAUACUCGGAGUGUGAUAUUUUUACACGGUUUGUUUUACAACAAGAAUAAAUAUUGUUUUACAGAUAA